AUGUAUUGGACCGAGGGUGGCACGCAGAAGCUGCGGAGCGCCACGCUUGAUGGACAGGACAUUCGAGACGUAGUGGUGAAGAGUGAAGUGCAGGAAGCUCCACGCGAUGUUGCUGUGGAUUCUGCGCAGGGGAAGGUGUACUGGACAGCCUUAUGCUGCGGGCUGCGCCGUGCCGACCUGAACGGCGAGAAUGAAGAGGUGGUGGCAAACGCGGAGUUUGCCAGUGGUGUUCUUGUGGAUGGAGAUGCCUUGUACUGGGCUGACUGGAUGAAUGGGCAGAUCCUGCGACGUGGUCCCUCUGGAGAGGAGGAGCCCAUUGUGACAGGGUUGGCCUCGCCCGUCGAUGUGGCCCUGGAUGCGGGCAGCCGCAUGAUCUAUUGGUCGGACGUGGGCAACGCCCGGACGCAGAGGGCGCAACUGGACGGCAGCGGCGUCCAGGCGCUGAACAUGAGCUGGGCCAUCAUGAACACCUACGGAAUGGCCAUUGACACCUCAGACAGGAAGCUUUACAUGACAGACUUCCAGAAGACUGGCGACUUCACGGGGAGCUCAUCCGACUAUGCAGGCCGCAUCAUCCGCACCAACUUGGACGGGAGUGACGCCGAGGUGCUUGUCAGCGAGCCUGGGAUGAGCAUGCCUUAUGGUGUGGCUGUGGAUCCAGAAUCGGCCCAGGUCUACUGGACCGAUCGCAAGGCUGGCCGUAUCCAGCGGCUGACGCUAAAGUGCCCCGCGGGGACGCUGGAGGUGGCAAGCCGAAUGAACACAAGCAGCAUCAAGGUGGUGCAUGGAGCGGCGGACCACGGCAGUUCCAUCCAGGUUCCGUGUCCAGAAGGCUACAACGGCACUAUGAAGCUAGCCUGCAACAACAACAAGUUCUCCGUGAAUGCCGGGAAAUGUGGCAAACGCUGUGCUGCAGGCUCGGUGCCGCUAGAGAUGGAAGACAGCACCUUUGCCUUGGAGCACCCCAGUCUGGAUGACCGCGAGGUUCUGGUGAGCGAUUGCCCGGGGCACCUCGUGGGUUCAGCCGAGUUCCUUUGCCAGGACGGCAAAACACUGCUGAGCAACGCCGGCUGCCGCCGGGCACGGUCCUGCCCUGCCGGGCAGUUUCUUCUGGGCCAUGCCUUGGUGGAGCACUCUGCCAUGGACCACGGAAUCAUGGAGCCCAGCUCUUGCCCCGAGGGCUUCGAGGGGCAGUACUUCCUGCAAUGCCAAGACGGCAGCGUUGUGCAGAAGCACGGAGAGUUUUCCUGCCGAGCCACUUGCGACACCACGGGUAGCCUUUGGGUUGAUGAUGGUGCUGUGGAGGUGUCCCACGGCAAGAUGAUCGAGGGCGGCACUGUGAAGGUCGUAUGUCCGAAGGGCUCCGCAGGCCAAGGAGUCUACCUCUCCUGUGAUGGUGGCUACAUCAACGUCACAGAGAGCACCUGCCAGCGCUCCUCCUUCUGUCCAGCGGGCGUGGUAACUUCAGGCAGUGCGGAGGUUUCCCACGACAACUUGGACGAUAAGGAACUCCUCAUUCUCGCCUGCCCAGAUGGCUUCUCCGGGUCUCUGAACAUCGUGUGCCGGAAAGGUGAGGUGGAAGUAGACCGAGGAAGCUGCAGAAGAGGAUGCGCCGCUGGCCUGGUCGCCCAGGAAUCGUCUGAGGGCGGAGAGCCCCUCAACCUGGCGCACGGCAUGUUAGCAGACGGUGAGCUGGUCCACUUAGAUUGUCCCGACGGCUACGCUGGUCGUCCGGCUUACCGAUGCCAGGAUGGCAACGUCAGCCGGGCCUGCGGAGACAGCGAUGCAGAAAACGCAGAGGGCACCGAGAACGAGCACGAGGCCAAAGAAGAAGGCGAGUGCGCUUGCCGCUUGGUCUCGCCUACAGCCGGCACCGGCGACAUGGCCACUACCGAGGGUCUGCGCUCGGAGCUGCCAGUGGCGGCCAUGGCCGCAGCCGUCACGGCUGCUGUGCUGCUACUGGUUUUUACCACGGGCCUAUUGCGACACCGCUUCCUGAAGCGAAGGGCCAUGGCUGCGGCGGUGGCCGCAGCCGUGGGGGACAUGCGGGACAUGCCCGCGCUGACCCCCGUGGCCCCUCCUGCGCCUUCCUGCGCCUUGGGCCUUCCGAAGGUAGGCUCCUUCUCUGGCCGCUCUGCUCGGUCCACGGCCUCGGCACCAACGGCAGCCUCCAGCCAUACCCGUGCCAGGACGGACGAGUGCAUCGACGUAGUCAUCGACCAGCUGACAUUGCCCCCUUACUGGGCAACCAGGGAUGGUAUUCACAUCUUCCCGGACCCGAACCGAAUCGCCGAGGUGCAACAGCUCAUGAACGACACCUGGCGCAGCCGCUACACGCGGGACCGCUGGUUGGUGGCGGGUGCUGAGCGCGUGCCGCUGGGCUGCCGUGUGGCGAAUGUGCUGCGCGUGGAGAAUCACCGUGCCUUCACGCGCUAUGCGAAUUACAAGGAUGGCCUCCGAAUGAAGCGGCCGGGACCGUGCGCGCUCUUCCGCUCUCAAACCAGCGACAGGAUCAACCUGCUGGAUGAUGACGUUAACGAGCGCUACCUCUUCCACGGCACCAAUCCAGAGUCGGCCCAGUCCAUCGCCAGGGAUUUGUUCAAGAUGGACCGUGCGGGCAGCUGUGCCGGGAGCAUGUUUGGACGAGGCAUCUACUUGGCGGAGAACGCCAGCAAGAGUGACGAGUACGCGAAGGAAGGUGCCGGGGUGUACCUCGGCCUUUGUGCCAUGCUUCUCUGCCGCUGUGCUAUGGGUGAAGUUCUCACGGUGUCAGAAGCGGGCGACACGCAGGAGACAGUGCGUGCCGGGGGCUACGAUUCUGUGUGCGGGGAUAGGCUCGCUGCGGCCGGCACAUUCCGGGAGAUGGUUUUUUUCAAUGAGGAGGCGGUCUAUGCGGAGUUCAUCGUGAUCUACACGCGCGUCUUUGAGUGA